AUGGUCCAAAAUGGCUCUCGGUCCGGCCGAGACUGUUUGCAGUCGGCAUUGACACUGAGAAAAGUCAAGUUUACUGUUAGUCAAGGUCAAAAUUUGAGUAUUCCACCACUUCCAAUUCAACGGAAGGCUAUCAAAGGCAGUGUGAUAGCAGAUCACUUAGCAGCAUCCCCCAGGGAUGCCGAAAUAGAAUACGUCAGAUUUCCAGAUGAGGUCAUACUCCUGAUCCAAGCAGACCAAUGGAAGAUGUAUUUCAAUGGGGCUGCUAACUAUCAGGGUUGCAGUGCUGGUGUAGUUAUAGUAACUCCAGAUGGGAAGCGAUUGCCCUUCAGCAUUAAGUUGGCAUUUCAGAUCAUUAAUAAUGAAGCAGAGUAUGAAGCAUGUAUCGUCGGACUUGAAGCAGCCUUGAGUAUUCAGAUUAAGCGCCUAACAAUCUAUGGGGACUCCAUCCUGAUAGUCUCCCAAGCACUAAAGAAGUGGAAGAUCAAAGAGCAGCGUUUGCUCCCAUAUCUUCGACACCUCGAUCAUUUGGCUCAGUAG